UUACUCAGGGCUUACUUGGCAGUUAUUCGGGUGCAAGGAGCGGUGCGGAUUUAAAGCUUUUUGGCUAAUACGGAGUAACCGUCUAUGUGGGUUCCAGAAUAAAAGUGCCUUUUGUCAACUUCUGGAUUAAGGUUUUGUAAUUACAAAAUAGUAACUUUGUAGGAUGUCAGGGAAUGAUUUGGGUGUGAAUGUUUACAAGAUAAACCGACGAUUUCAUAUAAAGAGCAAGGAGAGCAAAGCCCCAAAUGAAUCCUUAAGAGGCCCUCACACCUACCCCAACUCAGGGCUUUUCACCCAGAAGCUUGGAGGUAGAACUUCUGGAUUAUCCAACAAAAACUUCUUAUUUUGUGAGCAAACUAAACAGUUCUUUAAUAGUCGUGAGAAUGGUUUAGGAGAUGCUAGCUCUCAUUGCAAGAGUGGAGUGGCAAAUGACUUUAACAAGGAAGAGUUUGGAUCCAAGAUGAGCAAGGGAACACUAACAGGAAACUCAGUGGAAAGCAUAAGCGAUAGAAGUAGUUUGCUGUUAAAACCUUCAACUAAGGAGGAAAAUGCUGUUGCUGGUCCAAACUUAACCCAGAGCUCCAAUUCUGACUUGCUUCACACAAAGCAGAAAAAGAUACAGAAUUCCCCUGAGAAUAUUUUAUCUAUAAGCUACGAUUCAAAACUAUUUAAUUCGUUAAUGCUGACCCCUCGGAUGACUACUUGCCAUCAUUGUGGUCUGUAUGGAGACCUGAGAUGUUCUCAAUGUAAACAGACAUAUUAUUGCUCUACAGACUGCCAGAAGAAAGAUUGGUCUGUGCAUGGUAUUGUAUGCAAGCCAAUUAAACAAAAUUUAAAGAAAAGUGAAGAUAAUGCCAAGUUGCCUGGUGAAAUUAAGAAUGACAUUGAUUUUAAGGGCAGGGUGACACCUGUUGAUGCACACAAGAUAGAAGAUGAUUUCAAGAAAAUAAUGCUUUCUGACCUGCAAAAUCUAGGGCUCAAAAAAGAUAUGGAAAUACAGGGUACAGUCACAGAAUUCAGGAACCCAAGUGAAUUUUACAUACAGGUCUAUUCUUCAGAAGUUUUAGAACAUAUCAACAAACUUACUGUGAAACUGAAAGAUUGUUAUGCAAAUAUUGUUAACCAAGAGGAAUAUAUUCCUAUCAAAGGGGAAGUUUGUGUUGCAAAAUAUUCUCUGGAUCAGACCUGGAACAGAGUACUGGUAAAAAAGGUGGAUAUCUUGCAGAAGAAAGCACAAGUGUUAUAUAUCGAUUAUGGCAAUGGAGAAAAUGCUCCACUAGAUUGGAUUAAACCACUCCACAAAGACAUUGAACUGUUUCCUCCCUGUGCCAUUAAGUGUUGUGUUGCUAAUGUUGCUCCAAAACAAGGAGAAUGGAACAAAGACUGUGUUAGCAUUAUUACCCCUCUGCUCGUGGGACAGUACUGUUCGGUGACUGUUGUUGACCUAUUACAGGAGGAGAUGACUUGUUUCGCUGUAGAUGUUGUCCUGCCAGGUUCUGGGAAACACCUAGAUAAAAUACUUCUCGAAAUGGGGCAUGAAUUGAGUCCAAAGAGGAAAGAGACUAAGAAAAUUAACCCAGAUACAGGUACUGUGUUACAAAAGGAUUCUGAGGGAGAAAGAGAAAAAACAGCUGAAGAUGAACUGGUUCAGAAUAGUGAUUUAGCCAUAAAGGUUGUUUCCGUAUCCGUGGGAGAUACAUUUUCUGGUGUAGUUGCCCAUAUUCAAACGCCAGAAGACUUUUUCUGUCAACAGAUGCAUAAUGGCCGCCAGCUUGCUGAGCUUCAAGUAUCCUUGGGUGAAUAUUGUAACAAAAUCCCUACUAUCCCAAAUUUCUGUCCAGCUGUUGGAGAUGUCUGUUGUGCCCAGUUUACAGAAGACAAUCAGUGGUAUCGUGCCUCUGUUCUAGCAUAUACUUCUGAAGAUACUGCUUUAGUGGGCUACAUAGAUUAUGGUAACUUUGAAGUUCUCCAAGUGGCUAGACUUCGCCCUAUGAUUCCAAAAUUAUUGGAGUUGCCAGUGCAAGCUAUAAAGUGUACAUUAGCAGGUGUGAAGCCCCUUUCAGGAACCUGGUCCUCGGAAGCUAUUGCUCUGAUGAAACAACUAUUGCAAAAUAAAAUGAUCACUAUAAGAGUGGUGGACAAAAAGGAGAAUAGCUCCGUGGUAGAGAUUGCUGAUGAAUCUGUUACUCCAAUAAUAAAUGUAUCUAAACAUCUUUUAGAAUCAGGCCAUGCAGUGAAAGAUUCCAAGGAUGUCUUGACAAUAAAUGAAACUGUUAACACUGUGAAGGAAGGAAGUGCUGUAGGAGAAACAAUAAAUAAAACAGAUUGGACAUGGGUUAAGCUGACUCUGAAACAGACAUUAAAUGUCUUGCUGUGUACAGUGAACAAUCCUGGAGAGUUCUUCUGUCAGAUCUUAGAUGAUGACUUACUUGCUCUAAAUGUACUGAACAAGUCAUUGUCAGAAUACUGCCAGCAGACUUCUUCUAGUGUUUUCAAGCCUUCAGAGGGAGAACCUUGCUGUGCUUUUUUCUCUGGUGAUGGCAAUUGGUACCGUGCUUUGGUAAAAGAAGUCUCUUCAGAUGGAGCUAUUAAAGUGCAAUUUGUGGAUUAUGGAAAUGUUGAGACAGUAACUCCAGAUAAACUUCGACAGAUCUCCUCAUCAGCGUUGCUAAAACUUCCAUUUCAAGGAGUUAAGUGUUGGUUAUCAGGUGUAAAACCUGUUAACAAGGAAUGGCUCCCAGAAGCCACAGCAAGAUUUCGGAUGUGCACUGCAGGAAUUAAACUUCAAGCCAGAGUAGUUUCUUUCAACAAAAGUGGAGCAGGAAUAGAGCUCAUUGAUAAUUCCACAUGUUGUCUAAGAAUAAUCAGUGAAAUUUUAAUUAGUGAAAAAUUGGCUUUAAAGGAAGGUCUGCCAAAUAAAGAUGGGCUACCAGAUACGUCUGCUGAGAAAAUAGAGCCUCAAGAAACCACUUCUGAGCAGUGGCAGACAAUAGAAUUGCCUGUCAAUGAAACUGUAUCGGUCCGUGUAAUGGAAGUGAUAAGUCCAGACUUGUUUUAUGCUCUACCAAGUGAAACCAGAGUAGAUCAAGAGAAGUUGUGUAGGUUGAUGACUGAACUGGUAGAAUAUUGCAACACUCAGAACAAUCACUCCUUCAGACCAAAAGUCGGUGAAGCCUGUUGUGCCAAGUUUGCAGGUGAUGGCCAUUGGUACAGAGCUAUCGUUCUGGGAGUUUCUCAGUCUGAGGUGAAGGUAGCGUAUGCAGACUAUGGAUGCACCGAAACUCUACCAUUCUCUAGAGUGCUGCCGAUCACUGCACGUUACUUGAAGCUCCCUUUUCAGAUAAUAAAGUGUUCGCUUGCAGGAAUCAUGGAAUGGUCUCCAUUAAUAAUAGAUUUGCUAAAAACAUUAAUAUUGAAUAAGUGUGUCAAGAUCACAGUGAAAGGGAUCAAUGAGAAUAUUCAUGCAGUAUCUGUGGAGAAAUGUUUUCUAAACAGUAGUCUAAGUAUAGCCGACAAAUUUGUAAUGGAAGGUUUAGCCAAAUAUAGCAACUCUGGAAAUCAAAGUAUGCUACACCAAGCCCAUGCAAAUGAGGCGAGUUGCUGUUGCGCAGAAUUAAAAAAGCAAAUUGAAAAACAUGAAGAGAUCCUCCUCUUUCUUUUAAAUAAACACGUGGCUCAAGAUAAGUGUAGUGAAAUGAAAAAAUUAUUACAACACUAAAACUUGUAGGCAUGAUGUGUGUUAUAUGCUUAUACCUGUAACACUGUGUUGCCAAUGUUAAUGCAAUUGUUACUGCUCUCUGCCCUUAUUCCUAGAAUAGUGGCUGUGUUCAGGAGCAAAAAAAGCUUGAUUUCCUUUGUAGAAAUUGUUUUGCUGUUAAAUACUGUUGGAAUGUAUCUGUACAUAUGUGAAAUAAGAAAUUGUACAUUUACACUGUCUGGAUCAGAGCAAAGCUAAAUGGAGCAAAGUUAAAAUGUGAAGCCUCUGGCUGUUAGUGCAGUUCUUUUGAACGAAGGCAAUACUUUUUCUUAAGCAACUGUUUUCUGUAAGAAAACUCUUCACUUGCAGACCAAAAGUAUUGUAAGAGAACUUAGUGAAAAUUAUUCAGUUUUCAUUUGCAAGAAGGAAAAAUUGGAUUGUCUUAGAAAACUCAAGUUCAUUUUUAAUUUAAUGUAUAGCAAACAUAAAAUUUAAGUUUGAAAUAAAAGUUCAUGUGAAGUUUUAGGUAAA